UUCAUCCGUUUCAAGGUUCCGUUGUUGCGAGUCUCGCUUGGGUCCGGUGAAAGUCUUUUAAAGCUUCUCGUUUUGAAAGCAUUGGAGCAGUCUCACCUGCUGCAGGUGGCGCGAGGUUGCCCUCUACUGGCGCCUCCGCAGUCACGUGACCUCUGGCAGCCGCUUACCUGGCGCUGCGUGACGUCACCGCGCAGGAAAAGGCACUGGCGCUCGUGAUGAGCUCAUAGCUCUCCGCUAAACACAGUUACUAACCCUACUUUAAACUUGUUUAACACUGAUCCGGUGAUUUUAUACGCGUUAGAGCAUGUCUGCGUCAGCUGUGUUCGUGCUGGAUCUGAAGGGGAAGGUGCUGAUAUGCCGCAACUACAAAGGCGAUGUUGACAUGUCAGAGAUCGACCACUUCUUCACCCUGCUAAUGCAACAGGAAGAGGAGGGGCUUGUCUGCCCAGUGAUGUCACACGGCAACGUCCACUUCCUGUGGAUCAAACACAGCAAUCUGUACUUGGUGGCCACCACCAACAAGAACUCCAAUGCGUCUCUGGUCUACGCCUUCCUGUACAAGCUGGUGGAGGUGUUCACGGAGUACUUCAAGGAGCUGGAGGAGGAGAGCAUCCAGGAUAACUUCGUGGUGGUGUACGAGCUGCUGGACGAGCUCAUGGACUUCGGUUUCCCGCAGACGACGGACAGCAAGAUCCUUCAGGAGUACAUCACGCAGAAGGGGAACAAGCUGGAGGUGGCCAAGACCAAAGUGCCCACCACCGUCACCAACGCCGUGUCCUGGAGAUCCGAGGGCAUCAAAUACAAGAAGAACGAGGUCUUCAUCGAUGUGAUCGAGUCCAUUAACGUGCUGGUGAACGCUAACGGCAGCGUGAUGAGCAGCGAUAUCGUGGGCAGCAUCAAACUCAAGACGAUGCUCUCAGGAAUGCCGGAGCUCCGGUUGGGCCUCAACGACCGCAUGCUGUUCGCCCUCACCGGCCGUAAGAACCAGACGAUAUUACACUGUUUGAGUGAUGAACUGAUGAAGAGGAUCAGUCCUACUAACGUGUGUGCACACGCUCUCUCUGUAACCGUACCCAUGUCUGGUCUGCAGGUGAAGCCGCUCAUUUGGAUCGAGUCGGUUAUUGAGAAGUUCUCUCACAGUCGGGUGGAGAUCAUGGUGAAGGCUAAAGGCCAGUUUAAAAAGCAGUCUGUAGCCAAUAACGUGGAGAUCCGCGUGCCGGUGCCGAGCGAUGCCGACUCUCCCAAGUUCAAAACCAGCACAGGUCACGCUAAAUACGUUCCUGAGAAGAACCUGGUGGUGUGGAGCAUUAAAUCCUUCCCGGGUGGAAAGGAGUUUCUGAUGCGCGCUCACUUCGGUCUGCCGAGUGUGGAGAAUCACGAGCUGGAGGGUAGGCCUCCGAUCACCGUCAAGUUUGAGAUCCCGUACUUCACCGUGUCUGGCAUACAGGUGCGGUACAUGAAGAUCAUCGAGAAGAGCGGCUAUCAGGCGCUGCCGUGGGUCCGCUACAUCACACAGAGCGGAGAUUACCAGCUGAGGACGAACAGUUAAUGAGACCAGACGGAGAACUGCACAGCAAUUUUGUGUAAGAAGUUUAUUAAAUGUUUUUGUGUCUGUGUUAUUAGUUGGUUUUAUCCUGGCAGAAUUUAAUUAGAAAAAAAUUAUUGUAUAAAUCGUUGACGUUGAAUGUAAACACUCAGCAUUUCAGUCAUUUUCAAGUGUUUUUGCACGAAAUCGUGGAAUAUGUUGUCAAUCAUUUCUGUUUAAUUUUGCAAUAAAUUGAAUAUAUUUGUCCUGAAAAAAUUACUGAUAUAUAUCUAAAUGUGUUUAUUAUCAUGAGCAAGCCCGCUCUUU